GCUUCCAAGGGAAUCUUUAGUUUUAUCACGCCGGGGGAUCCCGCCGGAGGGAGGGGAGCGCCGACAACCCCCCCCAACUUCCCUCUAAAUUUGAUUAAGCAAAUGAGGAAUGGGGCCAUUCCUCAUCAUGCUGUUCUGCAAAAAUUGCAGAACCCAGAAGAAAAAAAAUAAAAAAGGCUAUCCCCCUCUCGUGUACUAAAGAGCCGCCUGCCAUCCUUUUUUCUCUCACACAACAAAAGCUAACCCCCUCUUCUGUUUUCAUUCCCGAAGCAGAACACUCCCCCUCCCUGUUCGGCUUCGUCGAGAGAGAGAGAGAGAGAGAGGGCAAAGGAGCCGAAAUUGAAGCUGUGAAAGUGUUGCAGAAGAAGUAAAUAAUGGGGGACGCGAUGAAGGAUAAUCUUCUUGCGACCGUGCAUUCCACGGUGUUCAAAGACUCGGAAAGUCUGGAGGGGAAAUGUGUUAAGAUUGAGGGUUACGAUUUCAAUCUAGGAGUAAACUAUUCUCAACUUCUCAGGACCAUGGUCUCCACAGGGUUUCAAGCCUCCAAUUUGGGAGAUGCCAUUGAAGUCGUUAAUCAAAUGCUAGAUUGGAGGCUCGCUGAUGAGAGUAUUACAGAAGAUUGCAGUGAGGAGGAGAGGGAUCCGACCUACAGAAAGUCUGUGAGAUGCAAAAUUUUCCUUGGUUUUACUUCAAAUCUUAUAUCUUCUGGUGUUAGGGAUGUGGUUCGCUAUCUUGUUGAGCAUCAUAUGGUGUGUAAUGCGGGAAGCCUCUUUGUGUUAUAUAAUCAGCAAGUUGAUGUAGUGGUUACAACAACUGGUGGCAUCGAAGAAGAUCUUAUAAAAUGCCUUGCACCCACAUAUAAAGGUGACUUUACUCUGCCUGGAGCCUAUUUACGCUCAAAAGGACUGAACCGCAUUGGUAACUUGUUGGUUCCUAAUGACAACGACUGCAAAUUCGAGGACUGGAUAAUUCCCAUUUUUGACCAGAUGUUGAAGGAACAGAUCAAAGAGAAUGUACUGUGGAUGCCAUCUAGGGUGAUUGCUCGCUUGGGAAAAGAAAUUAAUAACAAGAAUUCAUACCUCUACUGGGCGUACAAGAACAACAUUCCGGUUUACUGUCCGGGCCUAAUAGAUGGCUCACUAGGGGACAUGUUGUACUUCCAUUCCUUCCACAACCCAGGUUUGAUCAUCGACAUAGUGCAAGACAUUAGAGCCAUGAAUGUUGAAGCUGUCCAUGCAAGCCCUAAGAAGACUGGUAUUAUAAUUCUUGGAGGGGGGCUUCCCAAGCAUCACAUUUGCAAUGCCAAUAUGAUGCGUAAUGGUGCAGAUUAUGCGCUGUUCAUCAAUACUGCACAAGAGUUUGACGGGAGUGACUGAGGAGCUCGCCCUGAUGAGGCUUUAUCAUGGGGAAAAAUACGAGGUUCUGCUAAGACUGUUAAGGUACAUUGCGAUGCAACCAUUGCUUUCCCUCUACUGGUUGCUGAAACAUUCGCCUCAAAGGAGAAAGAAUUCCAUCAGGACUAAAGCUCGAUAUUACUUUUGGCCAAGUGCAGAUUCAUUUAAUCGUACAAUUACCGAACCCCUUUUCUUUUUCUUUUUCUCAAUUAUUCAAUGCCGGGAAAAGGGGAGCUAAAUUACUGAACUGGGAUGGGAGGUGAACUUGGAGAUGCUAGGAUAUGCAGGGAGGGAGCUUGUUUGCAACAAUUAUAGUCAUGUUUGGCUUUUUUUGCACCAGAAAAUUGGGCCUAUUUCCUCAAUAUGACACUCCUUUGCACCAUUUAACUGAUACAUUAGAUUACCAUAAUUUCUUCUGUGCAAUCAAAGAUUAGAGUGGCAAUGCCACUUUUGGAAGACAUUGAUCUUCUGCAGGUGGGAAAACAACAAUAAAUUGAUCAAUUUUUGUAA